ACGGAAAACUCGCUAGACGAAAGAGUUUUCCGUUUUCGAGUUGCUUCGCAAGACUAAUUUCCCUAUGGGCGUGCUUCGCAAGACGAAAACGUCUUGCGACUUUGUUUCCUUUGUCUUAAAACCGUUAAAACCAAGGGUGCUUUGCUUGAACAGCUGCAAUUGCGACUUGACUUCGAGGAGCAACUGUUAGCACGCGGUUUGGUAGCCUUUUCUCAGACUUUGCUCAUUUUUGAAGCUUUUCCAAAACUUUUCCAGAACUUCUUUUGCAUCCAUUUGCCAUUUGAGGUUUCUGAAGACUUCGGUGAUUGAUUGUUGAAGCUUUUCCAGAACUGCUUUUGCAUCCAUUUGGUAAGUUAAACUUUUAAAACUUUUUGGGGGGUUUUUGGAUUUUGGGUUGGGGUGUUUGGGAUUCAAGGACUUGGUUCUGGGUUUUAAUUUCUGUGUGGUGUGUGGCUGGGUGCUUUUGAAUUUUUUGGAUUUGAAGCACAUCACUGAUUUUUUUUUCUUUUUCUGAGUUUACGAAGGAGCUGUGCUGCCAUGGGACCCAAGAAGACUGCUGCUGCAGAGGCCGGCGAGAGGAAGAAGGAGAAGGUGACGCUGGAAAUGAAGAAGGAGAUCAUCCGGAAGCACGACGGCGGAAUGCGUGUGACGGACCUCGCCAGGGAGUACGGCAGGAAUCCAUCAACCAUCGGGACCAUCCUGAAGAUGAGGGAGAAGAUCAUGGCGACUGAUGCAGCCAAGGGAGUCACCAGGAUCAUGAAGAACCGCCCAGCUGUUCUGGAGGAGGUUGAGAAGUUGCUGCUCAUCUGGUUAGAAGAGAAGCAGCGUGCAGGGGACACAGUGACUGAGGCCGUCAUUUGCGAGAAGGCCAAGGCCUUGCACGCAGACCUCGUCCGGGAACAGCCAGGAACCUCAGGCGAGCCAGAAGUCUUCAAGGCAAGCAGAGGUUGGUUUGACCGGUUCAAGACAAGAUCUGGAAUCCACAGCGUGGUCAGGCAUGGAGAGGCUGCCAGUUCUGAUGUUCCUGCGGCUGAAGACUUUGCAGCGGAGUUUCUGGAGGUUCUGUCCUCCGAAAAACUGAGGGACAUUUGCCAGAAGUGGAAGGAGGUGCAGACUUUUGCAGACCAGCACCACCCUGACAAGCACAAGGCACAUGACCUUGGGAACACUUAUGAUACGACGGUCAUGUCGUCUUUCAGGGAGGUGCUGAAAAGGCGGAUGAAGCAGCAGACUAUGGACAGGUUCUUGAGCAAGAAGCAAAGAGUGGAAGAGGAACCUUCUUCGAGUGGUCCCCCAGAGUCUUAGAAAAUGUACUGUACACUUUAUUGAUUUUUAAAUGUUUUUCUGUCAUGUUUAUAAACUUAAUUUAUUUUCCCUUCAAUUUUUGAACUGCUCUUUACAGUACGUGUGACUUUAAAGAGCAGUUAAUAAACUCUUGUUGUACCAAA